AACCAUUGAUACUGUUAACUUAAUUACUAAAUUAGUUAAUUGUUGUUGUUUUAAAUUGAUCAGUAAAUUAAGUUGAUUGUUUUUUCCUCAUCAUCAAAAAACAAACAAACAAACAAACAAUCAAAAUGAAUGAACCUCGACCAAGAUCAUAUACAAUUGAAAAAUCAAUUGAUUUGGAAUCAUCUUUAUCCAAUUUACCAGAAUUGAAUAACAAUCAACACCAAAACCACCAAUCAACAUCAAUCAGUGAGAAUAAAUUGUCAACAAUUAGCUACAACAACAACAAUAAUAGUAAAACACGUCAAUCAUUUUCUCGUCGAUAUUCACAAUACACUAAUUGGUCGUCAACGAAUCAAAUUAACUACGAUUCUGGUCGAGUUUCAAUCACUCGUCGUAAAUCAGUAAUCACACCAAAUCCGAUUACAAUUAACACUUUUUUAUCCAAACUUCGUAUCGAUAUUAUGAUAUUUUUAUUGAUUUUCGCUUCCGCCGUUCAGAAUAUAACAGUUACUCGAAUCAUGAACGAUAAGAUGUGUUUCAAUCAAUUUCAUUCUCGAAGUGAAUUCUGUUUUCCAAUUCAAUACACCAACGAGGAAGACGAUGGUUCAAUCGAUAUUCUUGAUAGGAUCAAUCUAACAAUUAACACCGUUAAACGAGUUGAUCACAUUAAACCAAUUGAAUUGUGUUUAACCACAAUUCCAGGAGCAAUUACAACUUUUCUAUUCGCAAUUUGGAUUGACGCUUAUCCCAAAUAUCUGAAAUACAUGUUGAGUAUUCCAACCCUUGGGUUUAUCUGUCAAGUGAUCAUAUUGUUAAUUAAUGCUUCGUUUUUUGAAAUGAAUUCAAUUGCUACAAUAUUGUCUUAUAUACCUUUCGGUUUCCUUGGAGCAACAAUCAGCCCAAUGACAGCAAUUUAUAUCUUCAUUGCAAGGACAACACAAUUUAAAGAUCGUUGCCUUAGAUUUGCAAUAUUGAAUACGUUUGUAAUUAUUGGUUCAAUUGGUGGCACUUUAAUUGGUGGAUUAAUAUUACGAUCACGACCCUGGACAUCGGCUCAACCUGAAAAUUAUAUCGGUUUACUUGCAUUCAUUUUAAUUGUUGGCUUGAUUUGGUUAACAUUUUUCUUACCAAUAUCACCUUACGUAGCAACAAUUGAAGAUAAUCAUGACAAUAUCUCUGAAUACUCUUAUAAAACAACGGUGGCCAAUUAUUAUAUCUCUGAGGAUAUAUUUAGAUUAUCCAAUCUUCGGGUUAUCUGGAUAACUUUCACCCGAAAGCGACCUGAAAAUGGACGCCUACGGAUUUGGUUACUAAUUAUUGGCCUACUGAUUAUACUUUGUUGUACAUCGGGAAGAGCUCGGAUUAACUUUGACUUUUCCAAUAGAGUUUAUCAAUGGGAUCCCAUGUUAAUUACUUUUAUCAAUCUACUUGUAAUUAUGGUUCCAACUUUAUUCACGUUGGUUUUUGCUCCAAUUUUAACUAAAACUCUUGAUUGUGAUGAUACAACUUUAGGUAUAAUCGGUUCAAUUUCCCUUCUUCUUAUGAACAUCGUUCGAGGUUUCAUCUUGGAACCUCAUGGAUUCAUUGCUUCCUAUCUGAUCGGCUGUCUUUCUGGUCUCACUACCAUUUCGAUAAGAUCAAUAUUAUCAAAAUCUAUCGAAGAAUAUGAGAUUGGACAAAUAUUCAGCGUUCUUUCAACCUUCGAACACUUAUUUCCAACUCUAUUUGCUCUUUGCUCGGAAAAUAUCCUCAAGCAAACGUUCACCAUAAAUCCUGGUAUCGUUUUCUGGUUCUUUUCAAUUCUACUAAUUUUCCCAGUUCUCUUAAUGAUUUGGUUACGAGCAACUAAAUCUAAUUGGAAUUAUUCUGAAACCCAAAAGUUUAUAUUAUCUUAAUUAUCCUUUCCACCAAUUAACGAACAAUGAACAAUUACAGUUACCAAUUCACAUUCGAAUGA